AUGGCUCCCUCGGCGGCGGCCACGACGGCGCAAACACAACCACUCCUCUCCCCUUCGACGCCAUCAUCUCCAUCUACCACAUUAUCAACUACAACCUCGACCACCACACAAUCGAGUCCGCAGUCACGCCAAUGGAACACCAAAAACCUUGGCAUGCGUAUCGGCGCCGACGCCGUGAGCGCCUCCUGCGCUGCCGGGUUAAUAUCCCCUCUCAUCGCCUUCAUUGACAAAUCCAUCAUGGAGAACGCAUCCGGCUCCAGCCCGUCCAUCCUCGCUUCCCUCCGUCGGUCCUUCUCCGAGCUGGCCCGCCACCCACUGCGCACGCUCGCCUCGCGCCCCGUCGGCCUCGUCUUCCUCCUCUACGGCGGCACCUACCUGACUGCCAACGCCCUCGACACCGCCUCCUCCACGCUCUCCAGCCGGCCCGCGCGCGCCACCACCGCCGGCCCCGCCAAGUUCGCCGCCUCCUCCCUCGCCAACGUCUCGCUCUGCGUCUACAAGGACCAGGCCUUUGUCAAGCUCUUCCGCGCGCCCGGCGCCGCCGCCCCGCGACCGGUACCCUUACCUUGCUUUGCGAUAUUCGCCCUCCGCGACUGCCUCACCAUCUUCGCCUCGUUCAACGUCCCCACACGGCUGGCGCCGUACCUGGACGCGUACACGUCGCAGAGCGCGGCGCGCGUGUCCGGCCUGACAGCGGCGCAGUUCCUGGCGCCCGCGGCCGUCCAGCUCGUCUCCACACCGCUGCACCUGCUCGGCCUCGACCUGUACAACCGGCCGUCAUCGUCUAAGCCCGCCGCGGCCGCGGCCGGCGUGUCGUGGGGGGAGCGCUGGCGCGCCAUCCGCCGCGGAUGGUUGCCGUCGUGCGCGGCGCGCAUCGGCCGCAUCGUCCCGGCCUUUGGCGUCGGCGGUGUCGUCAACUACAAGGUCCGUCAGGGUCUCAUGACAAAAUUGGAGUGA